GUGUGCACGUUUCUAUUUUAUUUUUUUUGUUCCGGCAAUAAUCUUUUAUUUUAAAGAAUAAGAGCUAAUUGGGCAACUUUACUUACCAAUUUAUUAUUUUCUUUAGUAAAACGGUUUAAAAAGCGUUUUUAGUCUUUUUGCGAUGCACUGAUCAGUUCUUAAAAUCAGUUUUUAUAGGUGAAGUUUGGAUAUUAGAUUAUGAGGGCAAGCUGUUUUUUGAAAUAGUGACUUAAAAACAAAUCGUUCAUGCAACGACACAGUCUGAUUAGAAACUUACACUCAUCGUUCGUUGAUUAUUAUUAUUAUUAUUAUUAUUAUUAUUAUUAUUAUUAUUAUUAUUAUUAUUAUUAUUAUUUUACAGAACUUUGUUUUUCAGCAUUUAAAUUCAACAUGGUUCUAAGACUGAUAGCUUCAUGCAUUCUUUUUGCGACUGUGGUGGACUCACGACUGUUAAAGAAAAGACAGGCGCCCUGCCCGGAGAUCUGUGAUGCGUCUCGGUGUGCCCCUGUCCCCAGCCCUUGCUAUUACGGGGAAGUCAAGGAUGACUGUGGGUGUUGCGAUGUCUGCAGCUCCGGGGAAGGUGACAUCUGCGGCCGCGGUUUGGGGGUCUGCGGUGAAGGGAUGCAAUGCGUCUUCCCGCCAGGCAGGCACCAUCACCGGGGCUCGUGUGUGUGCUCCUCCACCGGGCAGGUAUGCGGCAGCGACGGGAGGACCUACCCUAGUACCUGCCGCUUGAAAGCCGAGAACAGACGAGCCGUGUUGAACAGUAUCCCACCCGUGAUUCUCAUACAGAAGAGCCCCUGUGAUUCUGGUCCCCGGAAUCCAGACAGCCUGCGAUACAAGUUCAACUUCAUUGCGGACGUGGUGGAUAAGAUCGCCCCGGCUGUGGUGCACCUGGAGCUCUUUCACAGAUUGCCAUUUACCAGCAGGGAGAUCCCCGUGUCCAGUGGCUCAGGUUUCAUUGUGUCCGAAGAUGGAUGGAUCGUAACGAACGCUCACGUUCUCUCGAACAAGCAGCGCAUCAAGGUGGAGCUGAAGAACGGAGAGCACUGCGACGCCAAGGUCAAAGACGUGGACCAGAAACUGGACAUUGCACUCAUCAAAAUCGAGUCAGACAGCCCCCUGCCGGUGCUCCUGCUGGGGCGUUCCGCAGACCUGAGGCCCGGGGAGUUUGUGGUCGCCGUGGGCAGCCCCUUCUCACUACAGAACACAGUGACCACUGGCAUCGUCAGCACCACUCAGCGUGGGGGCAAGGAACUGGGUCUCAAGGACUCAGACAUGGAGUACAUCCAGACUGACGCCAUCAUCAACUUUGGAAACUCUGGGGGACCCCUUGUUAACCUGGAUGGUGAAGUCAUCGGUAUGAACACCUUGAAGGUGACGGCUGGGAUAUCCUUCGCAAUCCCUGCAGACAAAAUACGGCAGUUCCUUGUUGAAUCCUACGAUCGACAAAUAAAAGGAAAGACCCUUUCAAAAAAGAAAUACAUGGGAGUCAGAAUGCUUCAGCUUUCUUCCAAUCUAAUCAGAGAGCUCAGGGACCGUGACAAGGAUUUUCCAGAUGUGUCUUCUGGAGUGUUUGUGUACGAAGUGAUUCCCGGGACAGCAGCUGAGAGCUCCGGCAUGAAGGACCAUGAUGUGAUCAUCAGCAUUAACAGCCAAACAGUCAACACAACCGAGGAUGUUAGCAAAGCUGUACAAUCAGAUAGCGUCCUGUCUGUGGUGGUGCGCAGGGGGAACGAAGAUGUGAUGCUCACCGUUGUUCCAGAAGAGAUCGACUGAAACCAGAAAUCAGUUUUAUUUUCCUUGUACUGCUGCAUUACACCAUACUUCAAAGUUUUCGUGACCUUAUUGAUGUGUAUACUGUUCAUUACCCCUAGCAAACAAUUAUAUGGAAACCCCCUUUGUUAUGGUUUGUAUUUGCACAUCACAUACUGCCACUGCUAUAACAGUAAUAAGUACCCUUAGAUAAGAAGUAGUGUAACAGGUCAUUGUUAAUCAUGGUGUGCUUCGAUUAUCGUUUUAAAUGUUAUCAAAAUGUAUUAAUUGUUCCUGGAUUUUAGAACGAUUUGUACAGUGGUCAUAAUGUGGCUGCCAGAUAACACGUACCUAAUCCACCUCAUAGCUCUGCUCUUCAUAACCCAUUGGCUUCCAGUGAACUGAAUUUAAAAGCAUGAUCUUUACUUACAAGGUUGCCUAUUUCAUUGAGCUCCCAAUUCCUUACAUCCUUGUACUGUAAGAGCAGCCAAUGUAAUCCCAGGAAUCUGACUGAAAAGUUGCGUUUCCAGGGCCUUCAGCACCCUCUAGAUCAUGUUUUUCCCUGCAGUUUGUCUGGCGCGCUGAAAUAGUUUUCUUCUAAAUGUACACUUUUCUUAGGCAGCAGCGUACAGCUUUUUUUGAGAUGACCCUUUGAAGCGUCCUGUGAUGCUUAUACAUGAAGGACGCUCCAUAAAUUAAACUGGUACUGUAUGGUAAUGUAAGGUGCUUAAUAGGAGUUGUUGGGGGGGGGGGGGG